AUGCAUAAUCGAGAUAAGUCCUCCUCGGAGAAGAAGCGUAGAGUUGCUAGAAGAGCAUGCUUAGCUUGUCGGGAUAAAAAGGUCAAAUGUGACGGAGAGGUUGUGGGGCCAGAAUUAGGAUCAUUGAAAUGUUCCAAUUGUGCCAACUCAGGUAUAGAGUGCAUAUUUGUUGCCAGUCAUCGGGGCGGCAGACGGGCCGGCAGAAAAAUCCUGGACCAUGACCAGGGCCCUGUUUCCCAUCACCGCAUGCUGCCAAAGCAUCCGCUAGGCUUGCCUGGUGGCCCGUUUGCACCACCACCACCACCGCCACAUAUGCCUUUACCUUUUCCAUUUCCUCCGCAUCACCAUCGACAUCCAUUUUUCUCCUCACCAUGGGAUCCACCACACCAGCUGCCUUAUGAUCGGUAUCAGCAUCAUCACCGUUAUCAUCAUCAUCAUCAUCAUCAUCGUGGUGGUCGUCGUCGCGGUUUUCAUAGUUCAUUUCACAAUUUAACAAUGCCACUCCCUUUGGCAGACGCCGCUCGCAAUCGUCCCGCAUUUGAUGUACGGCCUGUAGAGGAAACACGUUCUCCACAUCAAAAUCUCUUUCAGGAGGUACGUGGUAGCUCGCCGCAAGCAGGUUCCAGUUCCCAGAAAUUUCAUCUCCCAGAUCCACCUCUUCGCAAUUUGGCCCCGGAAUCUACCGAAAAGCUUGUGCCAUCUUUGGCCAAAAUAGCAUUGAGCUCUGAUUCAUUACAAAGGCCUGGCACACUUCCAGACGAGUCCCCGAAUUUAACACUUCCCCGGAACUCUCCCUAUCAUCAACUCGGUUUUAUGAUAAACGGCAAGUUUAGCGAAAAAGAGUUGGAAGAAUGCGGGUUUCCUUCUUGGAACUACUGUCUCGACUGCUUCAACUGUUUCUUCACAUACGUCCACCCACAGUUCAAAAUAUUAGAAUCCCCAACCAAUUUUUUGACUAACUUUCGUCCUACUCACAAUACGUCUUUGUCUCAUGCCGUCUUGUUGUGUGGAGCCAUGUAUUUGCAAAGUGAUCAGUACAACGCACAACUUCCAUAUCAGCAUCUUGUCGAAAAAUAUUGGGACGAAUUGGACAUCCUUGCCUUGUUACAAACUUUGCUAAUAAUGGCCUUUUAUAACAUCAGAUUCUCGAGCAACAGAGAACAAGCCGAAAAAUAUUUAGCUCACGCAGCAAGACUUGUUGUCCACUCAAAUAUUCCGAAUGAAUAUGACCAACAAAAUCUGGAAAAGCUAAUACUUGUCGCGUCACUCAGAGUCAAAAUGCAAAAGGAAGCUUUAUUGACUGUAGUAUGGAGGCUUUAUUAUACUAUUUAUGAAACACGCCUUUUCUACAACGAUAUGAAGUUAUGCUCAGAAUUAUUUUCCCCACCAGACGAUGGUCGGUCUCUCGAAGAAAUUUUGAUCCCGAACACCCUUCCAUUUUGCGCUGACGGAUUGUCGGAGUUCGGUGAUGUUCUUGGUUGUGUUGAGCAAAAUCAUUUACGCAAAACACUGUGGAAAGGAAAUGAAGCCUCAAAUACCAAUGAAUUUUAUUUGAGGACAGUUCAAGUACUCAAUAACCUUGUAUCUCCUCAGAAAAUACCACUUAAUGUUGACGUUGCGAAAAUAGAACGAUCCGUUAACAGGGGACUUGUGAGAUUUCAAGAUGGCUUUGCCGUUGUGGAUUUUCACACCUUGGCGAGCAAAGUCAUGUUAUUAGAAAUUCGAUUACGUUUGGCUUUAUCUGGUAGCUCUAAAUUAUCCAGCUUAUGUGCCCAGGACAUAGGGACGUCUUCUUUUGCAGUCACUUUUUUGCAGGGACAAGAGGAAUUCGACAUCCUGUCCUCUGGCGAUGUAACCCUCUCGAAACUUCUGGAGCUUUUCCUGAUCAUCCAGGAUAUUGUUGAACUUUUGAGUUUUACUAACUUUUGCUCGGAUGCGUUUUCAAAGGGGUUUUCUCAUCCCUUUAUAAAAUUAAGCUCAGCAAGCCACGCAGCGCCUGGCUUUCCUGAGAAUUACAACCCGCGAUCUCAGUCAUUUCGCGAAAGUCAACCAGCCGGAAAGAGUUCAAAUUCUAGGCAGAUAUACGGCAGGGCUCGCGAAAGUCUAGAAACUAAUACGGCUUUAAGGUCUUAUCAUAUAUUUUGGCAACAGCUUCCUCCAUUACUGGGAAAACUCAUAUGUCAAACUGUCCCACUUCAAGUGCUUCUAUUGCUUUUCAGCAAAAAUUCGAAAUAUGUGGAUAAGGAUGUAUGCCCGCGACUAGUCUAUUUUGAUGAAGACCGCAUCCUAGAUAAUGAAGCCUCUACAAACCUAAAAGACAACAUGUUGCGAUGUUUCCAAUUCAAGGAUAUAGAGCCUGAAGUACUCAACCUCCGUCACACUAAUAUUAUAUUGAAGUCAAUUUGCGAUAACCGUACAAUGCUUGAAAAGCUUGAUCUUUCUUUGGAUGCCGCAUCACAUAUCUUUGAUACACUGGAUAAAAACGGCCUUUUCCAGACAAACAUUCAGCAUUGCAAAGACUGGACAAAAAGGCAAUUCACACACAUUUUCUAG